ACGAAAAAACGUGGGCCGCUUCUUUGUGGGCGAACUUAAAACAGAACAGAACAGUGGGUUAACCAAGUACGAUGAAAAAGCUGAGCGAACACAAGACUCAAUUUAUCGACGACAACAAGCUUAGAAUUAUGAGAUUCAAAGAGAGUGUAGCAUCUCUUUGGAAGACAGAUAAAGCUAGCCAUGAAGCGACAGGCCUCCGCAGGACGUGUUCAGAAAGUAUUUUGUUCCGUAACGACUGGCUGCAACGACUAAAGCACUUCAACUUGGCACAUCGUAACAUUGAAGAAACAGGAAACAAAACCAACGAAACUCUUCGAAGGACCAUUAAAGUUGAACACAACGUUUCUCCGCGACAAAAGAAUAGAGUUGAAUUAAAACCAGUGAAAUCUUGUCUUCGGACGACGGAACAGCUAAGCGGUCAGAGCAAGGAAUCGACACCAUGUCAAAUUUGCAGACGUGUCACAUUUUCGACAUACGCAUUGAUUCUUCAUGCCGCGGGGCAGAACUCUGUUACUGAGCUGAAAGAUCUCUUGGAUAGAAAGCCCUUGCACAUUAAUAAACCAAGUUCCUCUGGCGAAACUGCCCUUCACAAAGCCGCGGCGAAGGGGAGUUUAGACUGUGUUAAACUACUUGUUCAGCGAGGAGCAAAUGUUAACAAGGUUGACAAAGAAGGUAGAACUCCUCUCCUAAUCGCUUGGGAGAAGGGACAUUUUGACUGUCACAGAUAUAUGCUAGAAUCUCUUAAAAUUUGCGACAACGAUUCGCCAUGCUAGCUUUCCGAUGAGUCUUAAAAUAUUUGUAAAUAAAAGUGAUUUUAAAUAUAUUUCCGCUCUUGGAAAUUGAAUAAUGAGCUUUUUUGUGAUGCUCUACAGCGGUGUAUUUACGUUAACUAUCUGAAAAACUUAUAUUUUCACAGACACUGUAAAUAAGAAUAAUAUUUCCUGACCCUAAUUUUGCAAGAGUUUAGAAUCGUAAAGACUUAAACAAAUGUAAAUAGAAUGACAUGAACUAGAAGUAAUUUAGAAUAUUUGCUUUAACUUAUGCGCGCGCUUACAGCUUUGUUGCUAUGAUGGGCCAUAUUCUUGCCAUGUCCAGAAACUUUAUUGGAAAGAGUAAAAAUA